AAAAUUAUAGGUCAGGCCAGUGUUAUUUGGCAAAAAAAAAAAAAAAAAAUAGACAAGUAAACCGAACCACGUACGCACGAAGACAGAGUCUCUCUGAAAUCAACUGUCUUGGCUACUCCACCUUGAUCGCUCGCCCGCCGCAUCUCCACCACUUCGUUUCAGAGCCCGUCGCAAUUUGAAGCGGCGAUGUUGUUGGACAAGAGCAAGUUCGAUGUGCACUUGAAACUCUGGGCCCUUCGAAUACCCUGCCAACUUUGCAAGGUUGCUACUCGAAUCCUCAAUGGUUACUUGCUUGACAAGCCCCGAAUUAAACCCAUCACCGAGGACCCAACUUGUGACAAAAACCGUUACCUUAUACUCUCCGAGAAAGUUCAGAAUCAAGAUUUAUCCGAUAUUCCAAAUCAAAAGCUUGGUGAGCUUAAGGACUUGUGUGAGAUUGAUGUUUUGCCCCAUUCAUUGAUUCUAGAUUAUUCAUACUGGAGUGCAGAUCACGUGUUGAAACAGAUACUGCCUAACGGAGUGGAAGUGCCUUCAUCUUUCGAAACAAUAGGUCACAUUGCCCACUUAAACCUGCAUGAUGAAUUACUUCCCUUCAAGGAUGUUAUUGCAAAGGUUAUCUAUGAUAAAAAUCACCCAAGAAUCAAAACUAUUGUUAAUAAAGUUGGAAGCAUUUCAAAUGAAUUCCGAGUUCCAGAAUUUGAAGUUUUAGCAGGAGAACAUGAUAUGAUUACAGAAGUGAAGCAAUAUGGUGCCACUUUUAGGCUUGAUUACAGUCUGGUUUAUUGGAAUUCCAGAUUGGAACAUGAACACAAAAGGUUGGUUUCAAUGUUCAAAGCUGGAGAAAUCAUUUGUGACAUGUUUGCUGGUAUAGGCCCUUUUGCAAUUCCUGCCGCACAGAAAGGAUGCUUAGUCUAUGCAAAUGAUUUAAAUCCAGAUAGCAUACACUAUCUGAGGAUUAAUGCCAAAAUUAAUAAGGUUGAUGAUCAAAUUUGUUCGUACAACUUGGAUGCUAGAAAGUUCAUAUCCCAGCUAAUGGAAGUGCCAGAUUCUGAGAAUAAAAAAGAAAAUGAUGUUCCCAUUUCUGAUACUUGUUACACAUGCAAGAUACAAGACAAUACUGAGCCAAAUUCAGAAAAGAAGUUGCUAACUGUUGAUACAAAAGACCUAGGAGACUGCACUAACACUAGUUUAGAGGAUAUACAAGGUUCAGCAGAGAAUGCUGCCAAGUCUGCAAUUGCUGUCAAAAGAUCUUGUGGCAGUCCUCAUGAAGGAAACGGAAAGGCUCAUGGUACUGAGGUCCUUGAAGGUGGUGGCAAAAAAGGAAGCACAAACAAGAGAAGGAGAGGGUCUGAAAUAUCUGCCACAAAAACUUGGGAACAUAUUGACCACGUAGUAAUGAACCUUCCAGCAUCUGCUAUUCAAUUUCUAGAUGCAUUCAAGGGACUGAUCCAGAGGAAAUAUUGGAAAGGAAAUCUACCAUUGAUCCACUGCUAUUGCUUCAUUAGGGCAACUGAAACUCCUGAAUCUAUAAUAGCUGUAGCAGAAUCUGCUUUAAAAGCUACUAUACUAGACUCAAAAUUUCACAGGGUUAGGGAUGUAGCUCCAAACAAGGCAAUGUUUUGUUUAAGCUUUAGGUUGCCAGAAGCAUGCAUUCAUGAAGAAGAUAGUCAAUGAUAUUGUCCUUAGUGACACUGCUGACGAGAAAUGACCUUUUUUCUUCAUUCUUCAACCUUUAUUUUCAGGUGUCUUAACAGGUUUUCAUUGUUCUUCAGAUCUAAUUGGAUACUUAGAUCAACUAAAAUUAGUCAUGCAUGUUCCUUUGGAUAUGAACUUUUUCUUUGUUAAAUCUAUUUUCCCUAUGUUAUAGAUAAAUUUAUCAUAUACAAUUUGUAAUAUUAUACAAUAGAUAUUUGACUACUACUAGCUUGUAGUAAUAUUUUUAAACAAUGAGUGGAGUAAUCUUGAAUA